UGCACACACGGAUGACAUCCAACUAAGGACAAAGCCAAGUAAUUAUAAACUUUGGUUGCUGCAGUAGCAGUAGCGGGUGGACUCGUAAGUGGAAGUGGCACAUUGGGUCCAUUGAUUCGGAUAAUACCCGCCUACACUGAGAUUCGGACCAAUGAGUGGCUCUUGAGUUCUUCCCGGAGACCUUAAUUGAGACUUAAAUAAAAGGCUUUUAUUUUUUGCAGAGGUCGGUGCAUGAGAGAAGCCGCGUUAAAUUUUAACUCCAUAUUUUAUAUGUUUUGUAUGAGUUUUAAUUCAUGACCAUGGACCGACCCAACCUCCAGAGACUGUUUUCUGCUUGUGAUGUGAACAAAUCCGGGAAGAUCGAGUACGAGGACUUCAAGGUUGUUUGCCGGGAGCUCAACGUCCCCGAAACCGAGAUCAAAACUCUGUUCGACAAGUUCGACGCGGACGAAGACGGAUUUAUCGACUACAGCAAGUUUUCGUCUAGGUUUCAGGAGGUUUCAGAGACUCUGGACCUGGCGUCUUUUGGCACUGGGUCGUCCCAAAACCAAGGCGGUCCGUGGGAAGAGUUUGUGGGCAGGAUAGAUGCGGAGUCUCUCCUGUCUGAAAGUCUCAAGGAGCAGCUGGCUGAUCUUUACCAGGCCAUUCACUCCUCUGCAAACAUGACUGUGCUCCAGCAGUAUGAGGAAAUCAUCCAGUCUCUGAUCAGUCAAAGCCUGGACAACAGACUAGAGUGUGAACAGCUGGAGACAAGCUUGAAGCGAGCUGAGGAUAUGAACAACAGUCAGCUGGCAGAACUGGAGGACGAUAUUCAGCAACAACUUGCCAGAACAGAGGAGAGGGUGAGAGAUGAGGAGCGUAAGAAAAUGGAGGGAAUUAUGGCUACCAUGCAAAGGAAGCAUGAGAAUAAGGUUGCAGACCUGCAUGCAACUGUGGACAGACUGUUAAAGAGCCAGGAGGACUCUGAAUUCAACCAGUCAAAGGAGGAGGUGGUCAGACUGAACAGACAAAUCAGUGAUCUCUCACAGGCAAAUGAGCAUCUGCGGGCCUCUCUUCUGGAGGCGCAGACAAACAUCGCUGUCCUGCACUCAGAGCUGGACAAGCUGAAGAACAUGUAUGCAGAUGAGAAAGCUCAACAUGAAAGAGAAACAGAUGAUUUGAAGUCGUUGGUUAUGGAAUACCAGUCGUACUCCAGUCACAUUCAGAUCCUCCAGGAAAUGAAUAAAAAGCUGUAUGACAGUAAUGACGGGCUUCGCUCUGCUUUGGCUAGUGAAGUGGUUGCAGCUAAAAGGAGGCUGUCUCCCCAAAAUGAAAUCCCGGCCCGAAGGAUGAAACCCCUCCGACAGAGCACACUCAACCACAGCAGGUCGGAGCCGGAUCCCAGCAAAACGACAUACUCUCAUGUGGCCACCUGGGCGGAUAAGUACCUGGACAGUGGAGUCUCUCUGCCGAUGGACACAGCUGAGAGCUCAGGCAGUGAUUUUGACAGCGAUGACAGCAGAGGCUCUGUGGAAACGGUACACUACAGUUACUCCUACGUCCCGUCUGAUGUGGAGAUAUCAGAAGUCAAAUCUGAAGCUGCAGCAUCAGUGGCUCCCAGCAGGGCGAGCUCUAUCGCAUCAUCCCUACGAAGACGUUUGUCUGCAUUUUCCACAAAGCCAUUAGAAGCAGACAUCGAGGAAACUGAGGAACCUGCUCCAAUGUACCGUCUGGUUUUAGCUGGAGACGCCGGAGCUGGAAAGUCCAGUUUCAUGCUGAGACUGACACUGAACGAGUUCAGAGGAGACAUGCAGACAACGCUGGGAGUCGAUUUCCAAAUGAAGAGGAUGCUGGUGGAUGGAGAGAAGACGAGCCUGCAGAUAUGGGACACGGCUGGGCAGGAGAGGUUCCGCAGCAUUGCCAGAUCUUAUUUCCGUAAAGCUCAUGGCGUCCUGCUGCUCUACGAUGUUACUUCAGAAACCAGCUUCCUUAACAUCAGAGCGUGGGUGGAUCAGAUUCAGGAUUCAACAGACGAGAAAAUCCCCAUGUGUGUUAUUGGAAACAAGGUGGACCUCCGAGAGCAGCUUGCAGAGGGAAGCUGUGUGAGCACUUUGCACGGAGAGAAGUUGGCCAAGGCAUACGGCGCCUUGUUCUGCGAAACGAGUGCCAAAGAGGGAUCCAACGUCGUCGAGGCUGUGCUUCAUCUAGCAAGAGAAGUAAAGAAGAACGUCAAACUGAGGCGGCAGUCAGAUUCUCAGGUCAGACUGAGUCAAAUCAACCCAAAGAAGACUCUUAACAGCUGCUGCGGACUGUAAACGUCUGAUAUCGGUAGAUACGAAGGAGCAGUGAGACCAAGUGAUUUUUAUUUUGUGACGAAUAACCUAAUUUUGUUAUUUUUUAAUCUUUAAAAUAUUUAAAUCUCAAGCCUUAAAUGUAUUUUCAUAAAUAGUAAUUCUCUGAUCAAAAUGAAGGUUUCUUUUACUGGAAAAUUGCACAUGUACAAAUAUAAAUGCACGUCAUGUAAUGAUUCUUAUGUUUGUCUAAGGUUUUGUAUUUAUUUGGUAGUAAAGAAAUGUUAUGAUAAAUAAAUAAGGAAUAUCGAUGCCUCAUUUCAGAUUCAACAUAAAUAUUUUAAAUGGUUUUGCCCAACAGAAACAAUUAGAACAUCUUUUUAAAUUAAUGCACUUUUAUCCCUUUGAAACACAGCUUCUGUGACAGAGGUGACUGGGUCUUGAAAAAUACAAACACAAAUAUUUUUUUUGAAACAUUUUUAUUUUAAGCAUCAGUGUAAGCGAUAUGCAGGUUUAACACCUUUACUUACUGAAGCAGAAUUUCAUUCAUUUGUUUUAUUGAAAGUGUUAUUCGUUUACUAAAAUUACUUUUUGUGGUUUGGUUACAGACUUUACAAAAGAUCCACUAUUUUUUUCUUUUUA